CAGAAUACGAAAACAUAGAAAAGAGCAAUUUUAAAACUCUGAGGACGCUUUGAUAUUUAUAUUGAAAGAACCUAUAAUAAGACGGUGCAAUGAACUGCUAAGAAAGAGCUGAUUCAUAAGCAAAUGAAGAGCUUGGACUUGGCUGAAAACAUUGUCUAGCAGGACAGACUAUUUUGACGGAGUUGUCAUUUUAAUAUACGGUUGGAUAGAUUGAAGAUAUUAUCAUGUUUGGACAGGAAAGGAAAAAUACAAUAUUUUAAACCGCAAUUUUGACAGUACGUCAACGAAGUUUCUUUUUGUGGAUAUUGAUUCAAUAAUGACGCACAUCUGAGGAUCAAAGGCUGCGAAAGCUAUUAAACAGCAAGAACGUUUUGUCAUUUUACGGAUAACGAGUUUGCGAUAGCAUACGAAGCAUAUUUUAACCUGUCAGUUGUCAAGAAGACGUUGAUUUUGGCAUAUUUAACAAUAGGAAUAGACAGCAAAGGUUUCUCAGAAACCUAUGUUAAUUUAUUGAAAGCGCUGUUCGCUUUCAACGGAUCAACAAGUUACAACAUCAUCUUAAAAUAACAAUUUCGUGUGUUACGUAACUACUAAGUCUAUAUAACAUAUAAUAUAUGCAAGUCAGAGGAAUCAUUCGACUUUCAAUAUUUCGUGACAGUAUAUGCAUAUUAUAGAUCCAUCGGCAGUUAAACAUUGAAUAUUAACAAUUGCCCUUUAUACGACCCGGAAGUGACAAUGAUCUUCUUACAAUGCACACACAAAGGUUACUUGUGUGUUUAAUAACACAAAAACUUUAGAUUCUUAGCGCAUUUGAGUGGAGAAGAAAACGCAUGAAAGCAAGAUGAAUGAAUGCGCAAGAUUUUUACAAUUAGCGCUAGCUUUAGUAGUGACACUCAUUAGCAUAAAUGCCGACGAUAUAUCUUCCAGCGUUCAAGUGAACGCCGCGUAUGAUGAACUCUACGCAGACGCAUUGCGUCUUUACUACAAGGACGACUGGGAAAAUGCGAUUCUUAAGUUCGAAGCAGCAAUCACAGAUUGGAAAAAUGAAGGGAAAUUUACGCUCGUAUGUAGAAAUGAAUGCAAGAAGGGGUUCGACGCAAGAUACGGGGAAAGAAGGGAAUUAUUUUCUAUCCAAUAUUUGCGGUAUAUAAACUACAUGAGGAAUUGUUCACACGCUUGUAUGGAAAGAAAUAUGGGAAGACGUCUGAAAGUUUCAAAACAUAUUUUCCGUUUGUUUGAAGACAGAGUUCCGUAUAGUUUUAUGCAAUAUGCUUAUCACAAGAACGGCAACAAUAGGAUGGGUAUUCAGGCUGCGUCCACGAACCUCCGAUUCAAUUCCAAGGACGAUCAAAUGCAUGGUAAUAUGAAGUAUUACAGUGGCUUACCAGAACUUCAGGACGUGAUCGUUGACGAGAUUGAGAGUCUGGCGCCGAUUGAGCACCAUGAACUGUAUGAGAAAGGUCGAAAAGCUUACAAUGCGAAAAACUGGGAAAAAAGUGUUGAAUUUUUUGAGGCAUCGAUAAAGGAAUACGUGAAAACCUAUGAGGAAUGCAAAACACUUUGCGAGGUUGAUGUUGAAGAGAGACAGCAGUAUAUACAGGGGGGCAUUUAUGGUUACCAUAUGCAGUUACUAUUAUGUACCCUCGAUUGUCCUAGGAAACUAUCGAUGUUGCUCAAUCACCCUCAGUCAAACUUCCUAAGCAAACAGUUUGAUUUCUUGCAUUAUUCUUAUGUCCAGCUCGAUCGUCUUGAGAGCGCUCUCAUGUGUGCUAUGACAAACCUAUUAUUGAAUCCCCUGAACAAACAUAUGCACGAUAACAUGAAGUAUUACGAAAAGAAUGGGUAUAAUAUCACGGAUGCUCAACUUAGAGAGGACGGCAAAUAUUUAUUUGAAGACGCAAAAUCUCAAAUGGAAUUGCUUCUUGAAAUCAAAUCUUACUUGUUGGACUUGGACGAAGAAUACAAAGGAUCAGAAUAUCUCGCGGACACGACAUACGAGAAUUACAUGAAACAUGGACUGUUCACAGACGAACCUUUGCCAGAAGAGAAGAAACCGGAAAAAACGCAAGCUGAAAAAGACAAAGAAGAGGAGUUCAAAAGAGAACCCUACAAGAGAUUUCCCCCACCAACGAAAGAUCAUAUUGAAAAAUUUUUACACGACAGCGAAGAUUUAAAGGGUAUAUCACUGACAAUGAUGGAACAGCAGCUUAAUGGCUCAUAUAGAGCAGUGUUUGAUGGACUAGCGAGUGAUGAAGAAUGUAAGAAACUGGCUAACCUUGGGAUGACGAUGGGACACGCCGGAGACGGAUAUGCAAAUGACCCUAGUCCACAUACGGUUAAAGAGGAAUUCCUAGGAGUAAAUGUGAACAAUGCCACGUGGGCCGCUGCAAAAGGCGACGUUAGUUUGGAAAAAGCUGAGCUCUACGUGAACCUUAGUGAGAAAGUGCGUGUUAUCACUGAAGCUUACUUCAGAUUAUCAACGCCACUGUACUUUUCCUACACACAUCUCGUAUGCAGGAAGGCAUUGGAGCAAUCACCUAAAGGUAUGCAUAUAAGCCAUCCGAUCCAUUCUGAUAACUGUGUGUUAAAAAAAGACGGUGAAAUUGUGACGUGUCUCAAAGAACACCCAGCUUACACUUGGAGGGAUUACAGCGCUAUUUUAUAUCUAAACGAUGAUUUCACUGGAGGGCAAUUUAUCUUUGCAAGAAAAAAUCACACAGUUGAGGCAAUAGUGAAGCCAAAGUGCGGUCGUAUGGUAGCAUUCUCUGCUGGUUUUGAGAACCUGCAUGGUGUCCUUGGCAUCAAGGAAGGAACACGAUGUGCUCUACCAAUCUGGUUCACACUUGACAAACGCUACGACGAAAAACAACGGGACGACGCUGUUGUUGUAUUAGAAAACUUACGAAAGGAGAGAAAGUCUGAAGCUAAUCAAAACAAGGAUGGUCACAAGGAACUAUAGUUUUGAUGCGGUUAUAUUCUAAAGUUAGUUUCCCCGCGUGAAAUUUAGAACAAUUUUUUUAACAAUAUUUUCUAACAUUUAAUUUUAUAAUA